AUCUUACGCGUUUCAAAAGUGAGUCGCGCUCCGUGCAGCAAGUGGUUGUUGCGUUGUUAUCCGCUGCGGAAGUAGUGAAGAAGACCGUUUGUGUUUAGAUCGUAGUUUCAGGUUGUGUUCUACCAGACACCAUGAAGAAUUUAGAGCCGCUAAGUGUCAUCACUGUGGCGUGCAUUUUCCUCGCCUGCCUCUAUCAAGCAAUGGCCAUCAAGUGUUACCAGUGUAGCAGCAGUGAGGAUCCCAAGGGCGAAGACCUGUGUGGAGCAUAUGCCUACUAUGACAAAACCAAGAAUACGGCUGUUGAGUGCUUGGGGGAAGAGGCCAAAGCACUAGGCACCUUCUGUUACAAGCGUAUCAUGCAGGGGCCUAGGGGCUUUAUCUGGGAUGGCCGGUGGAGAAGUGUGGAGCGGCGCUGUGCCCAGAUCUCGGAGCGUGGUGUCAACUGGGGUUGUGACUGGGGCUACCACGAAAAUGGCGUCUACUGGGAGGAGUGCUACUGUGCUGAAGAUAGCUGCAAUGGUGCUGACCAGCUUAAUGUCCGUUCGCUGCAUGCCCUACUGGUGUUGUGCGGAAGCCUCGCAUUGCUUAGGCACCUUAAUUUCUUCUGAUUGGUUAACUACUUCAUAUGCCUUGUGUAAGAAGAAAUUUUCCAAAACUUGGUGACCUAGGCUGGAAGAUGCAUAGGAGGAGUCUUGUGGUUUUGCCUAACUCCUAACUACAUGGGUCUCAUGCAUUGUACCUUGUGCUCUUGCAUCCUGAUUCUUCUCAGUUGACACUGAAACAUUGAAUUUCUUCCAUAAGAGACAUUUUAUUUUUUGCGAUAAUGUGCAGCUAUGUACAUUUCAGCUGCUUAUUCAUGGCAACAUCUGAAAGAGCCUGUUUUACUAAGAGGACAUUGAACACACACCCCAUGAAGAUGAGUGUGCUGGAAGUAUAUGGCUAACAGUUUAUAGCAUUUUUGUUGGAAAUAUUCUAGUGGGCCAGAUGCUUCAAACCUGUGUGUGUGUGUAGUAUUAUAGAUUAUCACAGUUAUGAUGGACUUUGUCUUGUAAAGCACAGAACUUUGUCAUAUAUACAGUGACAGUCUGAAAAAAGAAAAAAAAGGUCCCUCAGCAAUUAGGGAUGAUAUUUAGUUAUUGCUUAAAGUGCGGACCUGUGAUGCUAAAUGCUUCGGACAAUUUGAAGCAUGAAGUGCACUUUUUUUUCACCUCUAGAGGAAGGCUUGUAAAAAUGCUGACUGAAAAAUUUAUCAUUGUGCUGAGUUUGUUUUAUUAUAACCACUGAGUGUAACGCUCCGUCCAUUUUUUACACCUUGUUCUUUUAUUGCGAGAUGCCACAUCUCAAGAUAUUGCCAAUUUUUCUCAACUUGUGCAUCUCAUUACACAAAUACCAGUACUGUAUACCUGGUAAAGCAUUAGAGUUUAAAUGCACCAGGUCAUGUUGUGCUGGAGAGCUUGUUGUAGAAUUCCUUACCACUAAAAUGUUUGAGUUGAGCUUGUGGACAGCCAAAUAUGUACAUUUUUUAUGCCGAUAUCUCUGCCCUUGUGCUGAUUGGUUUUGCUCUGCAGAAACCUUGUCUCCUAGCUAAGUUGUAAAGGAUAUGUGAACUGGAAGACAGGCAUUUUGCCAUGUAUUUGUCUUCAAAGAUUCAAGGUAGUUCAUAUUAAUUUUAAAGGUUAAGAAGUUCAAUUCUAUAAACAAUUAUCGUCAGCUAUAUGGGAAAGUUUAGUGUUGAAUUGUUUACCUAAUUCAUAGAACAAUGUGAUUGGAAGCAUAGGAUGCACUUUCACACACAUAAUUAUCUUGGUUAGAUAAAAAUUUUAAUUUAUUCAGUGUGGUGCCAGUUGAAAAAAAAAAUUUUUUUAUAAGGGCUGGUGCAGGGGAGUAUAAGAGCCGACUGUGGUUUGUUGCUAACAAAGAGUUUAUAACUUCGUGCUUUUCUUGAGGCUUGAGCCCAAGAUACACUGAGUAAUACAGACAAAACGCAAUAAUUUUAACUUGAAGGGGCUCGAAAAUUUGUUCGAAUUAAAGGAAGCUAAUUGAAUGGAGGACUAACCUGCAGUGGUGCAUGUGCACUGAGCUAACACAUGAGUGGGAAGCUCCAGAGGAUUUAUUCACUCGCAUUUACAAAUCACAGUCAACGUCCGAUUUUUGGGCUCCAUAGGGGCCGCGAAAACGUCCGAAGAAUCAGGCGGUCCGCAAAAAUAAAUGAAUGCCUUUUACUACCCCUGAAGGGCUCAAGUCGUCACAAGCACAUCUGAAAUAGCUCUGAAGGCCUGCCAGUACACUUAUUAGGUGUAUCGGUGCUCGUACUGUGAUAAGAGAUGACAGGUGCACGCAUCUAUAAUUAAAAGAAACGUACCAUGUCCCGUGACAAUUGCCCCUUUCUAACUUUUGGCAUGCUUCACCGCGUAACACUGCUGUAUUGGGACGAAACUCUUUCGAGAACCGGCAUUAUGCAAUGUGCCAUACUUUCCGUGCUCCGAAGUCAUUGGCAAGGAUUACAAAGACGGAGUCAGCGUCAUUGCUAACAGCGGCCAAUUGUUUCAUUGAAAACAUGCACGAAACAGCAAGAAGCUUGGUAACGAACGUCGAAGUAGCUAGGCCUAGCGUUGCUGCAGUGUAGCUGCAGCUGCCAAUGGAUCUGCUGGUUGGAGGCGCUGCCGUGUGAUUUGGCACGCUGCUGAGAGCAUUGUCGGAGCUCAGUAUAUUCGAAUUAACCGUCGCAAAUGCUUGCGCAUUCGAAUCAGGGGUGUUUUCGCCCAUUGGAAUACAUAUAACUUUGGCGGCACCCCAGCGUAAGUUCAAAUAAACCAAAAGUUCGAAUUAACGAGAUUCAAUUCGACAGUGAUGCUGCUUCUAACUUGUCUCCAGCUCUCAUUCCGGAGUCUGAAUACAAACCAGAGGGGACACCAAUAUGAGAAUGCAUGGAGUAUAAAAGACAAGUGACAGGUGUUUCUGUCUGAAUAAUUCAAAUAAAAGUAAAAAGACGGCAGAUGUGGGAUGCAUACACUGUUGUUUCCGGUUGUAAGCCAGAAAAGCUGGAAGAGAAAUUCAUGCGCUGCCAUUUUACCCCUCACUAUGCAAAAAGCCUUGUUCUACAGACCAUCAAUUGGGAAGAAGGUGUUGGCAGCCCUUUCGCGUGUGUGAAUAACCAGUCAAUACCAGUGUACCCUGCUACAGUGAAGUCUGAAAGACAUGGAACAAUUAAUUGCUUUCUUUGCCUACUUCAUUCACUACAUUGAGGAGUGCUUUUUCAAUGCAGCCUUGAGACCCAUAUUUUGAUAGCACACUCAAUUUUUUCUUUAUGUGCAGUGUUUGCAAAAACUUGCACACACAUUUUCCUGAAGCUUUUGCACAGGUGUUCACAUAAAUAUUCUUACAUAAAAGUUCAUUUUGAGGGCGUUUCUGCCCAGUUGUGUUCCCCAGUAGAGAUCUAUCCGUGCAUGUUUAUCUCACGGAUAAAGUACUAUUUUGCAAGAACUAUUCCGUCCAUGAUGCCUAAGCGAGUAUGAUAGGCAGUACAUACUUCAUUAUGUCAUCCUUCCACAGCUAUGUGGAGCAUCCACAGUGCAGAAACGAAUGACUUGUUUUUGUGAUGAUCACCUUGCUCAUCUCCUUCAUUUCCUUAAUAUGUUAGAGCCAUGGUGUUUAAAGAAACUAGUAUUUUUUCUUUUAGUUUUUUGUUCUAAUUUAAAGAAAAUGAUACAUUCAGCUGUUAUUAGCGAAUAUGCCUUUGGAGUGGUUUGAACUAGUUUACUUUUGUGUGUUUAACCAAUAUGUAGUGUUGAUGGCAGCAGCAUCAAAUAAAUUUAUUUUAACCAAUAAUGUAUGCAUAAUGAAAAAAAGUCGAAAGCUUAUUUCACUACAUGAAUAAAGGCUAUGAAAUUUACUAUGCUUUGUUACAUGCUACUGGGCAGGAAUCGCAGUUUGAUAACUUAGCUAAAAUAACUCUCUUUGUUGAGUGUGAUUAGUGAAAAUGCACAAAGUGCAGCAAAUCGUAUAUGACAUUAAACUGUACAGAAGUGCAUGAAAGGAUGGGCGAAGUACUGGGAAGGUUUGCUAUACAAAAACGACUUGGCUCCUGGAGUGCUAGGCAAGAACUGAUUUAUCCCCCGCAGUGUGCACGCCAUUGAAAUGUUGUCUUGUGCGAUUUUCUUCAUCGACCGGGCCACCACAAGGGGCUCCUUUGGAGAAUGAGUAUUGCCAAUGCACGCGCGCUCGGGGAUAGAAGAUAAAGAUGGGUCUUGUGCUGUCAGGCCUAUUAAGGCCGUAGCAAGACAAUUUCUGAAGAAUCAGAGGAGCAGCCACAUGAGCCUCAACAAAGGCAGGUUUCUGCCGGUCUACGGAUACGACAGUGUCAUGACCAUUCACUCACAGAGUUGCUCUUAUCCUGCGUGUGACAACAUGGUGCAUACCAGUGUAUGAUGCCUUGAGAGAACGGCAGGUGGAGUUGACGGGAAAGAAUACAUACGUGCUGUCUCGUAAGUGAUGCUGGACAAACGGCGACUUGUGUUGUUGGGCUUGGGUAGGAGAAGCACGUGGGCGCGCAAAAAGGUACACUAGUUGGUGAGCAUGAGAAGAGUUGGGUAUGUGCCUUGAUGUGGCUGUGUUAGCUCUGCUGGCAGUUGUAUGGAGGGGCCAUGGACGAGGUGAGAAGGCGCGCAACCAAGGUUUUCUUUGAUGGUGGUGCUUAGCUCCAGGAGUAUGAUGGGAAGAAGUGUGACCCAUUGGUCACGGCUGCUGUCAGCCAUAAAAGUGCAGCUUUGAGCUGGUGAUGGAAUCGCUCAACAAGGCCAUUGGCUUGUGGGUAAACGCUAUAGUUCUGAAGUGGCUAGAGGAGUCUUGUCAACUGCUGGAAUAGGACUACCUCGAACUGCCGGCCAUGGUUGGUUGCAGUCUCAGCUGGAGUACUUAAACGGGCAACCCAUGUGGAGACAAGUGUAGUGGCAACAGGCUCCACUGUUAUGUUUGAUACUAGUGCAGCCUCCGACCGAUGCAUGGAGCGGUUGACAAUUAUCAUUAUAUAUUAGAAUACCUUUGUAGGAGGAAGAGGUCCAUAUAAGUCAAUGUGAAUGACGCCGAAACGAGAGUGAAUCUGGCCAUCAGCGUAGUACAGUGCCUGUUCGCACUGUCGACGAGCAAGGCACACGUGCCCAGUCACGCACAUCCACAUUCAUGUAAGGCUAGACGAAAUGAUCUGCCACGAACUGCUGUGAUGCGCGAGCCCCAGCAUGUUACAGAUGGUGAAUGUGGUAAAAAAUGAGAUGACGUAGUGGCAAUGGGACUCGAGGAGGGUGGCAUUUGGUAAUCUCAUCACUGUCACAGACGAUGGAUAUGCUGGGAGUGGGACAAUAGAUGUCAUGGAGGUGCAGUGACAGAGAAGGAGAGGAAUGAAGAGUGCAAAGUUUCCUGUUGUGCUCUCGCAGUUCUGUGAGACGCUGAAGCAUAAGCUGGGGCAUUGCAAGGCUUGAAACAUGGCUCGGUGUGUUGGCUCAGAUGUUGUCAGCGCUUUUCACAUGUUGAGGAUCGAUAGAGCGUUCAGCAAGGAAAGCUAAAUGAUACGUUCCUCUCACAGAGUACGUAGUUUUCGAUAAGGAGAAGGAGUUUGUCAAAAUCCUGUGGUCUAUGGAAAUGAUGAAUGGGCGUCCUUUCAAGAAGUAAUAAAAGUACUUGACCGUAAUGUAUGCUGCAAAAAGCCCUAAGCCAAAAGCACUGUAGCACUGCUCCAUUGGUAUUAAUUACUUGGUCUAGUUUUUGUGGCAUUCGUGACCCGAAAUGGAAUACCACAGUGUUCCCCGUGCAAAUUCUAGGGCUGAUCCUUUUCAACGGCAACUCGUCGAUGCUUACUCUGUCCACCUGCCUCCUUUCCACGUGCAAAACCUGGACCUCUGGUUCUUGCAGGCUGAGGGGAGCUCAGAGAUUGGCAAUGUCACAUCCGCGUCAAUAAUGUGGGAAAAACAGUGGGUCUUGUGGAGCGCUAGGCAAGAACUGAUUUAUUGCUUGCAGUGUGCGGACUGUCAAGGUGAUCUGUCAUACCGUCCUCUUCGUCGGAGGUGCCGGCACAGCAGCGUCCCCACUCACUCAAUAUGUGUGGGAGGCAUCCACCUCGGGGUGGAUGUGAGAAUGGUGCUUCUUUGCUUUUGGAUGUGCAAGGCAGUUCAAACGUUACAUGCAAUCAGGAAUCGUAUAUAAAGCGCUGCAAUAGGUAGUCAACUUAAAAUAACCAAAAUAUUUAUUUUUGAAUUCUUAUGCAUAUGAAAAUAUAUACAUUAAACAUAUGCUGGUUACGGCUGUGUGAAUAUCUAAAAUUUCGUAUAUGUGUCAAAUAGGCUUAGUUAUUGGAUUCAUAUUCGGUUUGAGAAUUCACUAUUUGAAAUUGUUGAAUAUUAAUUUUUGUUUGAAUAUUAAGCAUAACGCUUAUUGGAGUUUCAGGAGACAGAUACCAAUACAAGUAGAAACUAUUUGAAUGAUUCCAUUGCAGGAGAGCUGUGGUUGAUUAGUGCAGAGCCACCAAUUCCUGAGCAAACACACAGGGAUGAUGAGUUCUGCCCCACAAUUUCCUGUAAUUUACCAAUAAUGUUUCAUUUAUAGGAGCAUAGAAAUCUAUUGUCUCUAUAAGCAAAUAACUUAUUUCCUACAGUGGCACAGCACCCCGUGUGCUGUUCCCUUAGGUCAAUACUGUCAUUAUAAUUGUGCACCACAUAAUUGAAAGCAGCUGUUUAUCAUAUACAAGCUCCUCAGUGUACGGACAUCAAGUUAUGAAUGCCAUUAUGUGCAUGUAUCAGGUAAUGUAUAUAAGUCCUUUUUCACCAAAUGUGACUCUAUGCAAACUUUAUAUCUCGGUUUGUGUAAAAAUGAGAAAAUAUUCAGUAUUUGAUCUGGAGGUCAUUUUUUCUAGUAUUCAUAUUUGAUUAGAAAAUUUUGCUAUUUGAACACCCCUAAUUCUAAUUCAUUCUGGAUUUGCUCUAAACAAGCUGUUUUUUCGCUGUUGGUUUGCUUUUUGGUUUUACCUUUUUUGGACAUUCAAAUGCCUGUGCAGCAUAAUCAGCUUGUGUGUUAUACUGCACAAAUGUCUCAGGUGCACAGUGCCUCACUGGUGGGCCACACCAUUUCUGUGCACCUUGAGAUUCUUUAUGCCAUGUACAACCAGCUUCCUUAGGGCAACCAACUUCGAUGCAAUUUUGUUUAUUCUUCAUAAACAUUUUGCAGAAAUACAGCUUUUGUGGUGCGGGACCAAUUUGUGCACUUGCUACCAUAGAGUUUCCUACAAUAUACUAGCUUUGCAUUCUUCAAUGCUGCUGUGAGGCUGUUGGCCAUAUUGAGGCAAGCAGCUGAGAUCACCUUGUCUUGCUCACAAUUACUCAUCAUAGCUGCUGAUUAUGGCUUUUUUUGUUCUUUUCUUUUUGUGGGGUUUGUGUGUGCACAUGUGUGAGUUGAGUAGUCACCAUUACCAGAUGUGGCAUCUCUGACCAUAUAGUGAAUCUCAUUUAUUUCAGAAUAAUUACAGGAUGUGCUCUCUUUCUCGCUAGCAUUUAUUGUGUUCGCAUCUGUUCGAAGCCAUAUUCUAAAAACAUUGUUCAUCUCAUUUCAGAGUGCCUAGUGGAGGUUGUGAAUCGCGUCUUAUGUGAGCCAACUAAUUUUUGUGUGCUCACAAUAUUCAUGCAGUGUGUUUUGGUAUGCUGAAAAAGCCUCCGUGUAAUGUGAGCUAGCACUGUUACUGCCUUAACAAAGAUGUGGCAGUUACCUGAAUCUCUGCUUUUUGCAUUUCCUGCUGUUUGACUGAUGCCCGGUUACCGUGUGUUAUUUCGUAGUGGAUUUUAAGCCGAUGCCAUUGUUGUUUAAUCAUGUGGUUUUUGUCCAUCCAUUUUUAUAUAUAUUUCAUGGCAAAGUUGAGUAGUAAUGCCUCUGGUGAGUGUUGGCAUGUACAAUAUUCAAACAAGAAUUUACCAUAAUAAAUGCAACAUUUUUACACUUUAAAACAA